CAUUUAUUUGUGGAAGACAAAAACAGUGGACCCCUCGCAGGAUGGUGUAUUUAUGGAAACCGACUAACGGACCUCUGGAUACCUGUGGACACUAAAGACCACUGUGUCGUGAUUGAAACACACCUGUGGGUAUUUGUUUUGUAUUUAUUUCUAGACUGGACUCUUAAGCAGAGUGAAGAAAGAAGAUCAAGACCAGCAGAUGGACGGAGCAAGUCGGGAACAAAACAAACCGUGUCACCCAGACUACACGAGAGGCUGAAUCAUUCACAGGCUAAACAACCACCAGACAGUUGACUUUACAGUAAUCUUACACAAAGAGGACUAUAAUUUAUCUGUUAAUAUACGGUCAACACGGUGAUUUAAGUCUUAACAGUAAUAACAUGUUACCAUGGUAGUGUAGGGUUACACGAGUCCGUCAGACUAGCAAGUUAGCAAGCUAAUGGUAGCCGAUGCUAACAUUACCCUUGGUUGAACUGCGGUGUAGUUAGCUAGCAGCAGAAAUUACCGAGGUUGUCAGAGUUCAUUCGUUUCUCAAAGUGUUCAGUGCACGUAGCUCGUCAGUUAGGAGAAACGUCAAGAAUGUGAAGCAUAAUGGCGAACUUUGAAGCUUACCAGGAGUAUCAGAGAAUUGAGGACUUUGAGGAGGACUCGCCACCAGGGGAGGAGGAUUUACUGGUGCAUGUGCCUGAAGGCCUGAAAGACUCAUGGCAUCAUAUCAAGAACCUGGAUAACUUCUUCACAAGGAUCUAUCAUUUUCAUCAGAAGAAUGGCUUUGCUUGUAUGAUGCUGACUGAGUUCUUUGAACUUGUUCAGUUUUUGUUCGUUGUCACAUUCACAACCUUCCUUGUCAACUGCGUGGAGUACGAUGUCCUGUUUGCAAAUCGAGCGGUCAACCACACAGGGCCAGGCCACAACCCCUUGGAUAGGAACAAGGUCACACUUCCAGACGCCAUCCUACCGAGCCAGCAGUGUACUCAGAGGAUUCUAGAGGACAGCUGGAUUAUUUUCCUUCUUAUCAUGGCAGCCAUCUUCUGGAUCUAUCGACUUGUUAAAGUCAUUUGCAACGUUUUGAGCUACUGGGAGAUUAGGCAGUUCUACAUCAAAGCACUGAAGAUCAGAAUGGAUGAAUUAUGCAAUUUCACAUGGCAGGAAGUUCAGGACCGGCUCAUCAGCCUGCAACGAGAGCAGCAAAUGUGCAUACACAAGAAAGAGCUGACUGAACUCGACAUCUAUCAUCGCAUCCUUCGAUUCAAGAAUUACAUGGUGGCCAUGAUAAACAAAUCACUGCUGCCUGUGCAGCUUCAGCUCCCCCUGCUGGGCAAUGUGGUGUUCCUCACCCAGGGCCUCAAGUACAACUUUGAGCUGAUCCUCUUCUGGGGCCCUGGCUCUCUCUUUCAGAACAAGUGGAACCUGCAUCCAAAGUACAAGCGGAAUGGAAACCGCCUCGAGCUGGCACAGCAGCUCAGUAGAAUCAUCCUGCUGAUGGGUUUGGCCAACCUGCUGCUGUGCCCCUUCAUCCUCGUAUGGCAGGUGCUCUAUGCUUUCUUCAGCUAUACAGAAAUCAUACGCAGAGAACCCGGGAGCCUGGGUGCGCGACGCUGGUCCCUGUAUGGUCGUUUAUACCUGCGACACUUCAACGAGCUGGACCAUGAGCUGCAUGGACGACUGGGCCGCGGCUACAAACCCACAUCUAAAUACAUGAACUCCUUUACAUCACCGCUGCUGACUGUGCUCGCUAAGAACAUUGCAUUCUUCUCAGGAUCAGUGUUGGCUGUGCUCAUUGCUCUGACAGUCUAUGAUGAGGAUGUUCUGACAGUGCAGCACAUCCUGACUGGUAUCACGGUGCUGGGGGUGGUCAUCACUAUCACCAGAUCCUUCAUCCCAGAUGAGCAUAUGGUGUGGUGUCCAGAGCAGCUGCUGCAGUGCAUGCUGGCACACAUUCACUACAUGCCAGACCACUGGCGGGGAACCGCUAACAAAAGUGAGACCCGUGAAGAGGUGGCACAGCUGUUCCAGUACAAAGCGGUUUUCAUCUUGGAGGAGUUGCUCAGUCCUAUCGUCACCCCCUUUAUUCUCAUAUUUGUGCUGAGGAACAAAUCUCUAGAGAUCAUUGACUUCUUCAGGAACUUCACUGUGGAGGUGGUUGGAGUCGGAGACAUCUGUUCCUUUGCUCAGAUGGACAUCAGGCGACACGGAAACCCAACAUGGAUGUCAGAGGGGCAGACGGAGGCUUCUGUGUACCAACAGGCUGAAAAUGGCAAGACGGAGUUGUCUCUCAUGCAUUUCACCAUUAAGAACCCACGCUGGCAGCCACCUCAGGAGAGUUCAGUGUUUAUCAGUCAUCUUAAGGAAAAGGUGCAGCAUGAUGCACAGGGCGGCCCCUCCACCCAGCUGCUGCUCUCUGAGGCACCUCUCUGCACCUCGCUGCAGUCCAACGAGUCAGGGCCUGGGCCUGAUAAUUUGUUGGCCAGUGUCUUGGCUCACCCCAUUCUCACUGCCUCGGGUCUGCAAGGGCGAGACCAUCGCUUCAUCCCACCAAGCACCGCUGCUUCUGCUGCUGCCAGUGUUCUGGCCUCGUUGUCCACGUCCCAGCUUGCACACACCAGCCGUGGCCGCUCGCACGGGCAGCUGCCCACAUCGGUGCACCCUGAGAGCACCAUGUACCGCAGCGAUCGUACCAUCAUUGACAGUAUGACACGUAGUGACAUCCGCAUUCAGAGCAAUGCACUGCACUCAGAGUUUGCCUCAGCAGAGAUGAGUCUCCAUGCCAUCUAUAUGCAUGAGCUCCAUCAACAGAGCUCCCAUCCACAAAGACCUUCAGGUCAGUGGCAGAACCCAGUGCCGAUGAGAGAUCUGCAUACAAGUACAGGUUUCCAGGCACAUAGCGGCCUUGAUUCCAGUAUUUGCAUGCCCACCCCUGUCCACCUUGGCGGCUGGAAAGAGGAAGAGGAGGAGGAGAAUGGAGAUGAUCAGGAGAUAAACAGUGGAUCUACUCCAAAGCAGGGCACUGGGAGUAGUUGUUGAAGUGCCUUAUGUCAUAAGGUGUAUAUAUAAAAGGACAUGUCUCUGAUCUAUGCUUUUUGGUUCUGUAUCCUGUGACAUACUCUUUUGUUGAAUCUAACAACAAACGGCCUUUUAUCCUACAAGGGAUACAUGGCCAUGACAACUUCUUCUUUCUCUGUUUUUUUUUUUUUUGUGUGUGUUUACAUUUUACUCAACGAACAUUGUGGCCUUAGAUGAUCUUCAUGGACAACUUAGCAUGGACCUUUAAAAACUCCAUUCAGCGUUUGUUGUGGGAAGGGGCUCAUUGAAUAACCACUGUCACUGCACGUCCAUGCCUCCUCCUGUCACACCAGGCAGACUGUGGCAUCAGGGAAACCAUAAGUCUUCCGUCCACUUCAUCCUGAUUUUGUCACAAACUUGUACAGACAAACUGCGUGUAAGGAUACAGAGAGACUGUAGAAUGCGUGCAUAGGAUCACUGUGUGAUGGCGUGUGUGGCCAACUUUUGUUGUAGAAUGCAAAAGGCUCAUCUGCGUGUUUGCACAAUUCAUGUGUUUGUGCAUCACUUACGUUUGACAGUGUGAGUCUUAUUGAAUAUUGCGCAGUGUGGUGUCUUGAUCUGUGCUGCACAGACUGCAAAUGUAAUUUAGCUGCCUGAACAAUUUUGAUCACCUGAAAAAAAAAAAGAAUUCAAUAUUUAAAGUGAAGCUGUUUUACCCUGGUGCUUUGGAAAUACACUUUUUUUAUGACUAAUAAUUUAAAAAGUUCACAUUUUUACUAUCAGAUCUAAUCCUUUAGAAAGAUACCAAGUAUUGAUAUACUAAAGCGCUGACUGUAAAGUAGAAGUACUUCUAAAACACCAUGUGUACCUGGCUAAAGCCCUAUUGGGUUCAACAAAACUUGUUUUUGAAACCAGACAUCCGCAUGUUUGGAUGCUGCUGCCUGUGUUUAGUAGUCCUAAAUACAGAUUUUACUCAGUAUUAAUAUAUUCACAGCUGAGGUAUCAAGACAUUACUACUCCUGAAAAACUCAAAUGACGGGGCCCAAAUGCACAUGGCGUAAAAAUCGAAUGCAGAUGUAAGAUGUCUUUUAAUUAAGCUGGAUACAAAGUCAGCUUUAUGCCUUAACACCCAUAUAACAAUAAUAAAAACACAUAUUUAUAUCCUCGUUUUCUGUAUUACCUCUACAGUGGAGAAGAAAACCUAAUACUCCCAUCAUUACCUCUCCAAUAUAUUGACUCUUAUGUAAAUAUGUAUACAGAACAUAAAGGUUUCUUUUAAGUGUACAGGUGCAUCUUUUACCUGCAUUCAGAUUUUUAAUGACCGGUGUAAAUGGACUCGGUUUCAUUUCUUGCCCAGCUGAACUCUUGAAUCAAACAUUGAUGUCCAAAAGUGCAUGGGUAGGUUUUCUGUUUUCUGAACAAACCAGGGUGUUUUUGCUUUUACAAAUCUUUGUUGUUCGCGUACAAUUUGUGUGUGUGCGUGUGUGUGUGCGUGCGUGUGUGUGUGUGUCAGUUUUUAAUCCAAAAAUGUUCACAUAAAAGAUUUAACUUAAUCACAAGGGCUUAUUUGAGUGUGUGCUGUUGCUUCUGAAGCUUUAGGUUUGAAGGAUUAGUACAAAAGUAACUCAGCCUGUUCACAGUUAGCAUAAGUAGCUUUAAGUUAAUUUAUUACUCGUCUCCCCCCGAAGAUAUUUUAUUGACAUAUAAGUAUUAUUUAUUUGAUUAAAAAAAAAGACACAUUUUUUUUACCUUCACAAAAGCUUAUAUUCUUUUUAUGAAAGUCAUGGCAUGCGUCCCCACAAUGCCCCACUCAAAGUAGUUUAAGAAGACUUGAUGAAGAAAGUCCUGAUAAAAAUGUUUUUCAUAAUGCACAGAUAACAUGGCCAGCAUGAUGUUGAAUGUGUUAAAAACAGAAUACUAAACUCAACCUGCUUGUGGAACCUGUGUGCAAAAAAAGAAAAAAGAAAACAUUCAUCCCAUUUUUAUUGCAAUCGUUAAAAAUCCCAGUAACAGAUCUAAUCCUCUUCCACAGGGUACACUUGUCUUUGACCUUGGUGUGUUUUCAGACUUUCUUUUGUUACUGUGUUUUUUUUUUUUCUCUCGAAGGAAUGCGUUAAGACACCUGCGUUGUUAUGCAGACAUAAACUCAGAACAUUUUGCACUGAUGAAAAAAAACACAAAACAUUUUUUAAAAGUGUGCAUAUGUACAGUACAUGCAACCGUCAGAAAAGGGACACUGAGUCAGUCUCCAUCCUGAAUGACCUCUUCUCAUUGUAUAUAAGAAAAGUAUCAGCACGUAUUGUAUCAUCAUGAAGUACAGCCGACCACCUGGAAACACUGUGGCUAAUCACAUAAGGUCUUUUUUUUUUUUGUACCUCUGAUCAGUUCAUGUUCACUCUGUCACACUGUUGAAACAUGCUAACAUGGGUGUUGUGGUCUGUUUGUGCAGUGAGUUUAUGUUGUAGAGACACUGGAGCUCCGCUUUGUGUCCCUUGUUGUUAGUGUUCUGUCCCCACACUUAACACCUCACUGUCCCAUUUGUCAUUUUAUUUCAAUCAGUGCCUUAGUUUUAAGGAUUAGUGUUUGCUCUUUUUAGAAGCCAUUGGAAUAUCUUUUACAGCACAGCACAUACAUGUACAGUGUUUUCUUUUUUCUACUUUGUAAGUCAUCGUGUAGCAUCGAGUAUAUAUAGUGAAGCCGUGGAUUUGGCUUGAAAACAGAUCUUGUGUCAGCACACUUCUUCUUAUCAUGGUGUCUACAUUUGCACUUUCCUCAAUAUCCUAAACAAGCAUGAGUUGGAUUUGGCAGUGGCUCCUCAUGGACAACCUUUGCAUCAUACUAUGGUUUCUUAUCCACUAAACACCAGUCUGAGGAUCACAGUGACUGGAAAAAGGUGCUAAGUUUUCAUCCUGAAAUGUUGUACUUUUUUGUUUUAGUCUGUCUGUUUUUUUAGUUGUGUAAAUUAAGAAACACUAGCUGAACAAUGAAAAAAAUGCCAAAAGAACUUGUUUUCGGCACAGCUUUACAAUACAUGUGUUGUUUUCUGUGAGUGAGUAGAGACGCAAAUAAAUCUUAUUUUGAGUGUAUUUAAUCAUUUCAUGUGUGCUUGAUUAAGUGAAGUUUAUUUGAAAUAAACAAUCUAUUUUAAUUUUC